AUAACUCAAUGGAAGCUCGUCGAUGAUUGGUUGGCCUUGAAACUUAGUACACUUGAUGUCUGAUAUAAGGAUAUAUUUACUAAAUUCAGAAUUGUCGUCCAUUUAUUGAACAUCAUUUCGACAGUUUUAUCGACAUAUCAUUUAAUAGAGGUGACUGAGUAAUGUAUCAAGAUUUGUUAUUGUCGUUCGAUCAGUGUAAGUUUACCAAAUUGCCUAAUUCGCACGGUUCCUAUAUUCGUCGUAAAAAUAUAGUGACGCCCACUUGCGAAAUAAUCAAAUAUAGAAUUUAUAUCAAUUUAAUAGACGAUAUAAUUAAUAGGAAAUUGUUUCAAAACAGAGUGAAAUCCCCGUAUGAAUUACGGUACAAUAUUUUGGUUGGCUCUAUUUGCCAUUCUAUUUUCACAUACGUUUGGAGCAUCGCAAACAUUAGGACUAUUAGCAUGCAUUUUCGCCAACAUAGGAGGAUUCAUUGGAUUGCUAUUUUAUUUCGGUGGUAUACGAUUGAGAAAUUUUCAAGUUGAUUGCUUUUGGUCGGAAGAAAGCCAUGAAUCCGGUUUAGCUUAUAAAAAUUCUACAAAAUUCGUGAAUGAUUGUCUAACAAAUGAUCAUCGGAUGACCGGUUCCACAACGAUUGAUGAGGCUCUCCGAGAGGUUUUAGAUUAUACGGUUAGAGAUUAUAUUAAAACUUGGUAUAGGAAAAUUACGGACGACAAACAAUUUAGUCAAACGAUAAGAGCUACUUUACAACAAGUUAUUAUAAGAUUUGCUGGAAGGGUGAAGGAUGUUGACCUUGUUCCAUUUAUUACGACGACUCUUGUGGAUGAUUUCGCCUCUCAUAUACGACUGUAUAGGCGAUCGAUAGACAAAGUCAACGAACAUAAGAGAGAUGAUACGAAACCACCUGCGGAUUUGGAAAGUAUCUUUUUUGAUCUUGAAUUAGAGAUGGAGGUGAAAAUGUGCCGUGAUCUUGUCUGUUUGAAUGAGGCUGAUGAAAGACUGACAGACCCAGACUACGUUAAUCAAAUGAUUGUUUGGUUGUGUAAAGAUACACCAAUGUCAAGUGAGGUAUUUUUAACGAGUUUAAGACAAACUGAUUCAAUCGAUGAAGUACAAGCUUGUAAAGAGAUGGUUGACGUUGAUAUUGCAAGACAAAGAUCUAAAGAUACUGGAGGAGAAGAUGAUACAGUAAUAAAACAAAAGCUUUCCUCCUUAUUAUUCGUUAAAACGAUUUGUGAGCAAAAGAUCGCCAAGUUGCAAGCUGGAAUCGAUAGUCCCAACUCAACUAAUGUAUUUGAUAUGAAAAAAUUUGCUGGUCAAAGAAUCUAUAAGCUUGAUUUUGAAACUGUGCUCAAUAAUAAUACAGCUCUACAAUAUUUCAGAGAGUUUCUUGCAAGCCAUUCUGCCGAGAACUACCUUAAUUUCUACCAUACAAUUGAGUGUUAUAAAAUAUCUGCUGAACAACAAAUAUCGGCUGCUUUAUUGGCUGAUAAUUGUGAAGAAAAACCAGAUUUGGAUAUGGUCAGAGAGGCUGCUUCAAAUAUUUUUUCACAAUAUCUCUCCGAUAAGCAAGUGUUUAGUCGUAUUCAAUACGAAGAACCAUCAGAACACGUAUUCGAUGAAGUACAAUGCAGAGUGUGGAAUAUUUUACAAGAAGAGAAAUAUUUUCCGACUUUUAGAAAGUCUCAAAUGUAUUUUAAACUGCUUCGAGAAUUAAAUUUGCUGACUGAAAAUAAGAUGGAGGAUCAAACUGAAAGUGAUACCACGAAUGAUUGCUCGAGUUCACCCCAAUUAAUUACAAAAUCAGUUAACGAUAACAAAUCUACGGACGAAGUUAAUGGGAAGAAAAAUUCAAAUUAUUGUCUUUAUGCCGAAAUUACUAGUACUGGUGUUUGUCGGGAUCAUGGAAAAGUUUAUACAGUUUAUAUGAUAAAUGUUACUAAAACUGAUAUCGAUGGGACCGUUUUGGAGACGAGAGACGUUUAUAGAAGAUAUAGUGAUUUUGAUCGUCUUCAUUCUACAAUUACCGUAAAGUACAACUCCUUGAAGGGUUUAGCUUUACCUAAAAAGUCGUUAACAAAUAAUACAAGCAAAGAAUUCAUAGAAAAACGGAAGCUGGGAUUAAACGCCUAUUUACAGACUCUUCUCCGCCCAGCCGUAAUUAAUGCUCACAAAGGGAUAAUCGAACUACUCGACGAAUUUCUAAGAGAUCUAGUUCUUGAGCAGAACAGAAAGGAAACGCCUCGCAGUAUUGAAAAUUUUGUAAAUCCCUUGAAGAGUGUUGGCGCUUUAGUAAGAUCUGUUCCGGAUAAUGUUGUGGAUGGAGUAUUAAAAGUUUCGGGUGGAAUACGAAAUAUACCAAAUACUAUGAUUGAUGGUGUCGGGAAAAUGAUCAAUGUAAAGCCGCAUUCAACUAGUCCGAAAAUGGAAAAGGACAAGGGUAAAGUAGGAGCAAGCCUAUUGCAUUUAGAGGACGAACAGGAUAAUAUACCUUUGAGAAUCCUGCUAUUAUUACUCGACGAAGUGUUUGAUUUGAAGAAUAAAAAUGUUUGGCUUAGGAGGAGAAUUGACGCCAUUCUACGGCAAAUUAUUCAAACUAUGAUGGGAGAUUCAAUUAAUAGAAAGAUUAUUGAUCAUGUUGAAUUUUAUACGUCGUCGGAGCAAGUUGCCGAAUAUAUUAAGGCUAUGAGAGACGCAAAAUGGCCAAAUGGAUAUUUGGCCGAAAAUCGCUUGCCGAGAGAUAAACAGACAAAAGAAAGAACAAAGGUUGUUUGUAGAGCUAAAAUGCUAGCAAUAGUUUCAGAGGAAUUACGACAUUUGAUUGGCACUGAGGCCAUUCAUCAUGGAGUUAAUCUGGUUUUCAGUAUGUUCCAGCAUCAAACCCUCAACAAAAGACUAUUUUACGUUAGCUUAGAAGCUGCUCUCGUUACACUGUUCCCCCAUCAUAAAUUUCAGGAGGUCUUCCAAAAGUUACAUUCCAUAUCUCCCCGAGACGAUUGUCCCUCUGGCUGGAUAAGAUAUCUUGAUAGCUGUAUAAUUAAACUUCAUGACAAUUCAAAUUCGCCUCUGCAUAUAGAUGCUUUAUGCAGUAACUUGAAUGCAACUGUCAUUAAAAUUGAUUCUGCAAGAAAACUUUCAUUUGUACAUUUAUAUCUUGAAAAUUCUGCUAAAAGCGAAUAUUAUAUUGGACUAAGUAGAAGGGAUACGCAGAAAAAAUAUUCUACUGAUUUUAUCUGGCGUGAUGGCACUGUGAUGAGCUAUCAUAAUUUCGAUAAGAAUGAAAAUAACCCUGGUAUCGAAAUGUAUAUAAUUAUGGAAUCGACUCGUGGCGUAUGGAGAGAUGUUUCAGAGACUUAUGGUAGUCCUGGAUAUAUUUGCGAAAUGCCAAAAAUUGAUACUAGCGGUUGCAGACCAUACUGGCACGUUCUAGAUAACUAUAGAGAUACAAGAAGUUAUGUUGAAGUAAAUACUCCAAAGCAUAUUUGCCUUCAGGAAUGUUUUUCUGGUACAUAUGGAGUAUGCCACAGUGUUUCGUGGCAUAGCCUUACAGGAAAAUGUUUCCUACAUUCGACAAAAGUAUAUGCAGAAGAUUUUGUCAACUUACAAUUUCAUGCACUCUAUAAGUUUUAUCAAUGGGAAUGUGAAGGUGAUGCUGUACCGUCCAAUAUGAGGGAGAAUACUGUCAUAGAUAACCUACCUGAUUCUAGUUUCACAGCCUCCUCCGUUCGCAUUUCUGACAACUCUCAACCUCAACAAGUCAAGUUCGAAAAUUAUGAAAGAGAAAACCAUCUUGGAACUUUCAGAACUGAGCAUUCCGAUCAAUAUCAGUGGCUUCAAGUGGAUCUUAUAAACUUGUAUAAUAUAACUGGUUAUCAUAUUUUGGGAGGUGAGAGAAAGCAGAAACGCACUCUAAUGGACCAUUACUUUUUACAUAGUUUAAAGUGUUCGGACUUUUCUUGGUACCGCAGAAAGGAAACUGAAGAAAUUAUUAAAAUGUUAGGUGAUAAAAUGUGGUCUAUGGUUCAAGUAAUUCUAUUCAAACAUCCCUUUAUUGCUCGAUGUAUACGUAUAAAUCCUCUAUCUUGGCAUUGGUCACCAGAUAUGCGUUUGUCAAUUCGUGGUUCUCAGUUAGAAAAACAAAUUUCUGUUAUAGAUCUUGAGGGGGUAGCAUUAGGAAUGGAAACAGGUCUAAUAGAAGAUUUUCAAAUAACUGCAAAAGAUAUAUAUACUUCUGGUUCAAAUAGUAAUCCUCCUUUCCUAGCACGAUUAAGAGGGCGUUUUAGAGACUUUCCUUUUCAAGUUCCCUGUUUUCGUGUAACAGGGAAGGAGAAUUGGUUUCAUGUAACGUGGCAAUUGCCAAUUCAAUUUUAUGGGUUAUCUCUAGCUCCUCAACCGCUUUCCUCCGGGUAUCUCAAGUCAUUUAGCAUGGCAGUAGCUGAUUAUUUUGAUGAAAUAUCGGAAAAACUAAAGAAUAGUAAUGGUGAUGUCAUACUAUUUACUGCAUCAGUUGAACGGCCUACAUUUACUCCAAUUCGUGUAACAUUGGAUGAACCAAUAAAAGCUAGACAUGUUCGAAUUUAUCCUGAUUCAUGGGAUGGUGUUGGGUGUACAGUAUUUGAAUUUUAUGGAAAACUUGAUGCUGUAUGCCCCAAACUUGAUCUUGAGAACAAUGCAACAACAACAGCAACUUGUCCAAUGACAAAGCAGACUGUUAUGCUUUACAAUGAAACAGCGAAUGUGACGUAUCCAAGAGCAGAAUCAAUUGUCCUCAUUGAAUUGAAUCUUUUAUAUCACUUAGUCUCAUUUCAAAUUCAAUUUGCCAGUACACCCCUUCCAGAGAUGAAGAUAGAAUGGUCAAGAGAUAACAAUAUUUGGAGAUCAUUAGACAAAUAUAAAACAGAGAAACCGGAUGAUAAAACCGUUAAUAUAACUUUGUUAAACCUACAUUCAGCUACAAAAUUACGUUUAUUUUUUUGGAGUUUAAACGUUGAUUUUGUUUUUCCAUGUAUUGAAUAUUUUAUUGAUGCGUGUGAAGCUAAAAUAUGCCCACCCAACACAAUAGAAUACGGCAAUUCUUGCUACCAACAUUUCACUAGUUUUGUGUCUGGGGGUACUAGUAAUAUAAACCAUAUUUGUGAUAAUUAUGUUUGGACUGAUAAAGCGUAUGCCACUGAAAUUUCUUCCACAGAAGAAGAUGCCAUUAAUUUCCAUAUAUCGAUGAGAGCUCUACAUCACACAUUCAUUGGAUUGACAGUAGAUAAUUCUGUUGCUCAAACACCUAAUAUGAAAAUGCUUAAUCCCAAUCUAAAUUGGCGAUGGUCCAAUAAUGCACAACAUAAUUUUACUAAAUUUGAUCGUAAUUACGAUACUGGACAGCCUGAAUAUCUCACUGAACAAUGUGUUGUAGGAUUUAGAACUGGUUGGCACAAUUUGGACUGUAACGCACCAGGAUAUUAUAUAUGUGAAAUGAAAUCAAACACGAGGAGACUAACCCAGAGACAAAGGGAAGAAACUAAAUGGUUUUAUUUUCAUAACACUAAAUUAAAUGAAGCACAUUUGGUAAAAACUUACGACAUUGCCCAUCCAGAAACUUGUUCCUAUAUUUGUCAACACGAAACAAUGUUUGAAUGUAAAGGGUUUAGUUAUAGGCAUUUAGGUAAUGAUAAAAGGUGUUAUUUAUAUAAUGGCACUACAAACUCUAAUACUAAUUCGAUACCUGAAUAUAAUAUUCACUAUUGGGAUGUAUGGGAAAAGUAUACAACAGUGGAAGGUUGUGAAAACCCUUUAAUUGACGGUCCAAACGGAAUUCCAGAUUCCAAUAUAGAAGCUGAUUCAGUACCAGACAGCACCAAAUAUGGAAUAUCUGAAUUACGAAUGGUCUUUCGUCAAUUUUACGGUUCAAGGAAUCCAGUACAUGGUGGUUGUUUUAAAGGAGCAGGUUUAAAUUCUUAUCUAAAAUUUAAUUUCGGAAGGAUAGUUCAAGUGUCACGAAUAAAAAUAGAGGGAGGAGGUAGUGACUAUGGCGCAUGGAUUAAACAUUUCUAUUUAGAUAUCGGCAAUAGGACGGAUAUAUUAACUAGUGUAAGAUCAUCGCAUGGGACUCGUCGAAAAUUUGUUGGAAAUUUUGAUCGUGCUGUAUCCACUCAAAAUUCUUUUGAUCCACGUUUGAUUGCUCAAUAUGUUAAAUUUUUACCAGAAUCAUUUACUUCUGGAUUCGCUGUAAGGAUUGAAAUGUACGGUUGUAAUCAUACUGGGGCUAUUAAUAAGUUUAUUAAACCUCUUGGUUUGACAAGCCUAUAUAUACUGCAUUCUCAAAUGUUAUCUGAAAAGAUUGUUAAUAUAAAUCACGGAAUUCAUGAAAUCCGCUUAGAUGUCCCACCUGUUUUUCAAACUUAUGGAUAUUUUUACGUGGUGGGGAAAUGGGGAUUUGACCUUGGAAUCAGAUAUCAUAUAUUUAAAACUAUAUCAAGUCCGAAUGUUGGAUAUGUGAAAAGUUUUGAAGUAAUGUAUACCGAUGAUCCUACGCAAUGGUCUUAUGUAACAACAGAAAAAGGAGAUAUUAAAAAAUUUGCCGUUCAUCAUUCAUCUGAACUUGCUGAAGUACAAUUUGAUCCAGAAAUCGUUGCUCGUUACAUACAGUUUACAAACACUGGAGAAUAUCACUCUUCUCCUGCUAUUAAAAUGGAAUUGUACGGAUAUCCAGCAAAACAUCCCCAAUUGAAUAUAACUGAUAAAUUUCCUAAAACUGUUUCUGCGUCAUCUGAGAAAAGUAUGACCAAUUCCCCUAAAAUGGCACUAAACCUUGUACAUACUUUCUGGUGUAAGGAGGAGAGCGAUUUGGACGGUUGGUGGUCAGCUGAUUUAGGCGUUAUAUAUUACAUAGAAAGGAUAUUUAUAUACUAUGUGGAGAAUUUUUUAAGAGACAAUUGCAAUAAUAUUUUAGUGUAUGGCGCUCAGUAUAACAAAACGAAUAUGAAUAAAAUGGAUGAGGAAAUAAUAUGUGAAUCGGAAGUGAAUAGAACAAUUCUGUUUUCCUCACCCGCUUUGCGAUUUAGGUAUAUCCGCCUAAAUUUUAACAACGGGCCGAAAGAGUGUAUCAGAUUUGAAUUAUAUGGCGAAAAAGCACCAAUAUGCCCUCCAGGUUCAGUAAGACAUUUAGAUAAGUGCUAUACAACUUCCGAGGUACCUGGAACAUUUGAAGAUGGCCGUAAAUUUUGUGAGUCAGGAUUUAGUUGGAAAGGUCCAGGUUAUCUGAUAAUGCCAAAAAAUACUUUUGAAACGGAUUUUGUUAAAAAGCAUUAUAAGUUAAAGCAUCCAUCCUAUGGCGUCUAUAUAGGCGUCAAGCAAGUUGAACUAAAUAAGUUUGUUUGGCUGGAUGGAACACCUGUAACAAACCACUUACGACGAUCCUAUGGUUUUGUUCCUUAUAUACAUCUGCCUUGUGUAAUUAGAAGGGAUUUUUUUGAUAGUAGUGCUUGCACAGAACCCGCUUUUGCAAUGUGUGAGACAAAGCCGAAUCUUCCCGAUGAUGAAAAAGAUUAUAAUGAGGAGGAAGAAUGUCAGCCUCUCUAUACUGUGAGAGAUAAUUAUAGACUUGUGCGUCAGCCUGUAGCACAAAUAUAUCAUACGGAUCUGAGAAAUUGUUUGGGCUAUUGUUUAUCUCAGAAGUGGUGUAAAUCAGUUGCUUGGAAAUACGUAUUAAAUACCCGAGACAUAUGUCAAUUGUAUAAUGUAACAAGUUCCAUGCUAAAAUACGACCAGAGUGAAUUUGUUGAAGAGACAAAUUUAUAUUACUUUUUCGAACAGUUUUGCUUUGAUAGAAAGAGUUACAAACUAUUACCAGAAGGGAAUCAUGAAACAGUCGAAGAAUUUAAUGUAACAGUUAAUAUUUAUCAAAGUCUUGGAGCUGCAUAUAACGAUUACCGUCUUGGGUUUAAUGCUCCAUUCUAUUAUGCUGCUCUCUGCUCUAAUUCGCAUAUUUUUGAAUGCUAUUUAGAAGUUAAUUUUGAGAAAUUGGUCAAGUUGACUGCCUUUACUACAUCUAGUAGAUAUAAAUAUGUACAGUUCACAAGAACGGCACAACUAUUUUAUAAAAGAUCUUGGUAUGACCAGUGGCUAGCUGUACGAGAUAAGGAUGGAGAUAUCAUAAAUUAUUUUAUACAAGAGAGUGAACGCUUUUACAAUCAUAUAGAACUUCCCUCGUUUGUUAUUUGUAGGGGUUUUCGAUUCAAUCCAACAAGUAAAAGAACAUAUUCAAGUCUAAUUAUUCAAUUGUAUGGAAGAUACUUAGAGGAUAAAAUUCAUCUUUAUACUCCAAAAUGUAAUCAUCCAUUAGGACUUGCACAUUUAAAUAAAAUACAUGGUUCUCACAUAAGCGCUCCAUCCUAUUCAAGUUCUGAUUAUGUUUACAAUGUUAGAUUAGACAGUCAAAACUGUUGGGUAACUAAUUCAGCAGCACCCAACGAUUAUAUACAAAUAGAUUUGGGUCAUAUCUAUUACGUUACAGGUUUUGUUUCUCAAUCUUGCAGAGAUUAUGACGAGUUUAUUUAUGAAUUUGAUGUCAAAUAUUCAUUAUAUAGAAUACACGGAUGGAAGUCAUACGAAGAACCAUCAGAUUAUAAAACAAUGUAUCUACGGUCCGAUCCCAAGUUAACAAGAAAUAUGAAAUACUUAUUGCUUUUUAACGAAACUCUAGAAUUAAGAUUUAUCAGAUUUGCAGCAAAAAGCUGGAAUAAAAAGAGAGCUCUUCGUUUGGAAGUUGUUGGAUGCAUUAAACAGCAAGAUGCAAUAACAAAUCCAGAAAAUGACCUAGAGAGAAUUAGCGUUGACGAAGAUGCCUCAGGAAGUUCGCUUUCCUGGGGGUCAAUAGAUAAAAGUGCUAAUUUAGCAUGUCCUAAACAAUUUUCCCAAUCAAGUAAAAUAAUUAUAAACUUUAAAAGAGUUUACAUUAUCACUGGAUUUGUAAUUAUGUCCAACACAACUGGACAGUUGAAUAGUACAAUAGAAUAUUCAGCAGAUUCAGUAAACUGGAAUAAAUAUACCGACGGUUUUGAUUAUAUAAGAUCAAACUCGACACACGAAAUUUUGCUAUCAAUUCCAAUAAUGGCUAUAUACGUAUCACUCUCUAUUUAUAGUGAUACCUUUAUAUGUUGGAAGAUAUCUGUUAAUGGGGGAAAGUAUUUAGAAUGUCCUCCUGGAUAUUUUCUUUUCGGUAUAAAAUGUAUUUCCUAUCCUUAUUCGACACCCUAUAAUCAUGACGAUGCUGUUGAACAAUGCAAAGGAAUACCAUGGCGUGGUGAAGGCCACUUAAUUACACCAAAAUAUGAUGAAGUGCUAAAUGUAUUUCUUCAAGGCUUUUUCUCAAAAAAUUCAGAAACUACUCGUAUGGGUUUGAAAUACAAUACUAAAUUCGAAUGGUCAGAUGGAAGUACAUUACCUACGGAUGAGGUUAUAAGAUGGGACUCGUCAAUUGGCGCUGGUUCUUGCGGAGGAUUCCAAAAGCUUAGAGGAUUCUGGAGAAAAGUAUCGUGUACAACCAAACUUUUCAUUGCAUGUGAAAAAGAGGCAUCAUUGCUGCCUAGUCAAAAGACUGGUAAAUUGUGGACAGUAAUCACUUCCGCCUCAUUAAACACAACAAGCAGUAGUUUGGUUUACAAGAAUGAUUAUAAUACAAGAUUUGAUUGUCUAAUGGCGUGUAACGAAGAAACAAGAUUCACAUGUGUUUCCUUUGCUUUUGAUACCGAUACAAAAGAUUGCAUUCUUUACUCAUCAAAUACUUAUUCUAAAAAUAGCUACCUUAAGAGGGAUACAGAUGAGGCAGACAAAUUAUAUUUUGAAGCUAUUAAUCCUGGUAAAUGCUCACUCAGGCUUAUUGAAGGAGAAGUUUUAGGAAUAAAAUGGGACGUUUCUUCAGAAUAUGAUUCGUCAAGAGAUAAAUUUAAAUUACCAUUACACGUACGAACAGGUUCGAAAGGCUAUUGGAGAUCUAGUGAUGCUGAUACAAAUCCAUGGAUUCUCUUCUCAUUUGAACAAUCUUUAAGUAUCUCUUAUUUUGUAUUACAAGGAACGGGUAAAUUGAGUGACAACGGAUAUGUCACAAAAUUCAGAAUACAAUCAUCUUUAGAUAAUGUUAUUUGGAUGAAUGUUAACUGGGAUUAUAGUAAAACUUAUGAUUUUGAAGGAUUAUUUGAUAACGUUUAUGCAAGAUCAUAUAUAUUUGAAAAUUCCUUAAGGAUUCAAUAUCUUAAAUUUAACUUAAUCGAUAAAGAAUCUUAUUUUGCUAUGCAAAUUGAAUUAUAUGGAUGUGCGGAAUUUAUUCCAGAUUGUUUUUCUUUACCAUCAUCAGAUUUUGAAGUGAAGGGAGCCGAUAAAACUGUAAAAUUAAAAUGUUUUGAAGAUUGGACUAUUCUUGGUCAAAAGUUAUCCACGGAUGAUUCUUGGUCAAAAACCUGGUCUGAUUAUAAAAAUGGAUUUGAAACUGAUAAAGAAUUUUGGGGCGGUAAUCAGUUGGCAACCUAUUUAACUAGUUUUAGAGAGUAUAAUGGUCGAAUAGAUAUGUGGUCUAAAGAUGGACGCCAUUUGCAUAAUGAAUUCAAAGGAAUCCAUAUUGAAACAGAAAGCAAAUCUUACGCAAAGAACAUUUCUGAAUUUUUAAGUGGUAGUGCACUAUCAAAGGAUUUUUUAACAAUGUCAAACUUUUAUGCAAUUGAUAGUGAUAAUGAAAUAUCUUGCGCACAAAAUUCAAAAGCUGGAUGGUGGUAUUCUCAGAAUUCUUGCUCUUCCUCAAAUCUAAUUGGCGUCAAUUCUCUAUGGUCUGUUGAUAUGACUGAUUUAAACAAUGAGUAUAAGUUUGAAGUUGAAAAGUUUAUCUUUAAAAUUAAAUCAGAGACCGCCUAUAAUAUUGCUAUUGGAAAGAUUGCUUUUCAAAAAGUAACCAAUGGUGAUAAUAAAGCUGAUUUAGCAAUCGAUGGUAUACCUUUAAGCGAUGCUAUGCUUGGCUACUGCGCAAUUGGAGAACUUACAACUGAUCCCUAUUGGGUUGUUAGCUUACUUAAACCUUUUAAUGUCACAAGAAUAGCAGUCGUUAAUAGGAAAGACUGCUGUUCUUCGGAAUUAUCUAACUUCAAAAUAGGCUUAUCAGAUACUUUUUUGAACAACAAUUUCGAUUCUUUGUUAUUUAAAUUAUGUAAACAUUACACUGGAACUGUAGGAGCUGGUGUAAAACAAGAAAUCGAAUGCGAAGGUGGAGCUACCGGAGGCUCUUAUUUAGGUAUUUGGAUGGAAGGUUCAAAUCGUAGAUUAAGCUUGUGUGAGGUUGAAAUAUAUCCAAAACUAAAAUACGAGUCAGACAAGAAGUUUGGAGAUUAUUGUGAAUCGGAUUCCAAUUGUAUUGAACAAUAUACUUUUUGUCUUCCACAAAAAGAACCACAGAAUCUUGAUACUAUAUCCUACACAUGUCAAUGUAGAUCCUAUAGUAUUCGAAGAGAUAAUAAAUGCUCUCCAGCUACUGAUGUUCUUUUAAAAAAUAUUGAAUUUGGAGAUAAGUUUAUACGAGAAGAGGAAACUAUUGUAUCAUCUACAAUCUUAUUAUCUAAUAAUGCUGGUUGGCCAAUUGCCGAAGUAACUUUGCCAAAGAUCAAUUUCGACUUUAACCUAGUUGCUUCGGAUUCAGAUAAUAAUCUUACUGCUUUAUGGAGGAAAAAUUUUAAAUUAAUUUCAAAAUCUGGUCUUAACAAAGCCUUACCUAGCAGAGAUGCUACCAAUUCAUCAAAUAGGGGUGAAAUAUCUAUAUCCUUAUCAGUUUCUUUUAAAUUUCCAAUGUUACAAUGCUUUAACAAGACCUACGCCUGUGGCAAUGUAAUGGAACAUUCUAUUAGUGAAUUUAUAGAAUGGGAUAACACAAAUAAUCAAAUAUGCUUUCUGUUAUCUUCCUUUAUAAACUGCCAACCAGAAAUAGAUCUAUCGAUAUCAAAAAUAGCUCUCAUUUCUACAGAAAAUGUCUAUAGAAGUGUUCCCCAAAAUCAUACCUUUGUUAUUACUAUAUUAAAUAAAAAUUCGAAUACUCAUGAUGUUAUUCAAUUGUUCGAUGACUAUUUUAAUUAUGAUAUUGAAGUACUUCACUCCAACACACCUGUAGAUAUCAAUAGUGUACAUCCAAAUUGGAAGAAAACAUCAUUAGACCUAAAUCAAAGGCAGAAAGGGGUUAAGAUUGGAAAUACUUUAGAUUUGACAACAAAAGUUUCAACAUAUUUCUCAAGAUCUGAAUGCGAAGAUGAUUUAUUCGCUUGUUUUCGAAUUAUCGUAUCAAAUACUUCGUCGUAUAAUGAGAGUAACAGAAGUGAUGAUAUUUCAUGCUUCGAUCUAACGCCGUAUAAGAAUUGUACACCAGCUGUUGAAGUUAAGGCGAAUCUGACUAUACCUCAGCAAAUCGUUAUAAGAGGUUAUACACAAUACAUACAAACGUAUCUUCAAUGGACUAAUAUUGAUAAAAGAUUUGGUAUUGAUAUUGUUCCACCAAGCAGAUACAAUUUUAAUGUAACUAUAUUUUUCACGGAUAUUAACUUGGAAAUUGACGAUUUGGCAUUAAGUUUGUAUAGCGUAGUAAACUCAUCAAACAUUCAAUCCAAUUUAUCAAUAAAUAACUAUCUUUCAUGGGAGUUUAUGAGUACUGUAAACAUUUCUAGAACUCAUUGCUCGAAAUACAAAUAUCUCUGUUUUAAAGUAAUGCCGGGAGAAGGAUCAUCGUAUAGCCUUUUUGAUAAUAAAAAUAGUAUUUCUUGUUGGGAUAUGAAGAAUAUUAUAAACUGUAUAGGUGUAAUGGUAAAAGGACUUAGUUUUGAGCUCACCAACGACAAUUUAAUGGAAGGCAAUGAAAGUCAAUUCUCACUUCUAUGGACUGAAGGAACAGACAUAAAUUAUAGCAUAAAUUUUACCAAUACAGAUUCAAUAUCAUGGAAUUGGUUUGAUUCGGGUCAUACACAAUCCUUUGGACCAAUUAGCAAACAUACCUUAGAUUAUAUUUAUACAAGCUAUGAUGUUUAUAAUGUUAGUCUAAGAGUUUGGAAUGAAGCUGGAAUUGAAACUCGUUGGUUAUUAAAGACUGUAGAACCAAUAUUAAAGAACCAUAUUCGUAUAAAUAGUGACUAUACUCCAAAUGAGCCUCCUGUACAAGUUUUUUUUGACAUAAACUAUCAAUAUAGUACAAAUGAUAAAACAAAGGAUAUUUUAAUGACAUGCAAUAUUGAAACUGGCCAAAAUUCAACUGUAGUAAAGACUGGUGUUCUUAGUUUUUCCGCUUCAUUAAUUAUCGAUUAUAUAUAUUUAAAUGAUGAGAUUCAAGCUAAAGCAAUAAUUACUUGUAACAACACAAUAUCAAGUAUAACAGAAACUAAUAUAUUUAAACUUCAACAAAAUGUCACUGAUUUAAAUAUGAAGUUCGAAAAUGUCUAUUGGCCUUCUUUUAAAAAUAUAAGCUUGGAAUUAACCUUAAGAAAUGGAAGUGACGUUGAAUAUGAAAUUUCAUAUGGCGACGGUAUAAAGAAAAUUAUAAAGAAUUCCGAGUUAUUUGCAAACAAAAAUCCAUUCUUAGCAUAUCAUUCCUAUGAAAUCAUAGGUGUUUUUAAGGCAUCAGCUAUAGCAAGAAAUUUUUUUUUUAAUGAUUCCGGUGAAACAGCUGAAAGUGUUAUAAUUCAACACGAAAUAAAGAACAUUGAUUUAUUAAUGUCGUAUGAAGAACCUAGAAAAAUUAAUUUAACAAUUUUUGAGAUUGAAAACACACUCGUCCCAACGAAUGUCUCGUGUUCAUUUAAACCUGGAGAUGGAAAUGAACGAUUAUUUCAUGCUAUUAAUUUAAUAAAUGGUUUUUCUCUAAUUUAUGAAUAUGAUAGAGAAUUUAAUGAAAAGGAGAAAAGAAAUUUAACAAUAAUAGCUGUCUGCUUUAAUCAGGUUUCGAAACAGAAUUCUACAAAACUUCUAUCCUUACAAGAAGAAGUAAAGAAUAUCUCGAUAGUUUCAACAAGGAAUUAUCUCAUCAGUUUUGAAUGGUUUCUUCUAACUUUUACAAUAGAUAGUGGCACUAAUAUGAACAUCACAAUUAAUUUAGGGGACAAUGAAGUUAUAAAUUUCCAAAGUCAAGGCCCAGGUCUAAUUUAUACAAAAAACCAUACAUUCAAAGAUGAGGGAUUAUAUAAAGUGCAGAUAACUGCUGAGAAUAUUGUUAAUAAGGAAACUUAUUAUUAUCCUAGAAGGAUUGCUGUUCAAAAUAGAAUAGAAAACGCAUCGUUUGCCUUAAAAUAUGUUUCUCCUAGAAACAUUUCAAUCUAUAUCAGACAGUAUUUGCCACUCUUAAAACCAAGUAAUGCUUCUUGUAUUACAGAAUUUGAAAAUGUAACUAAUUUAUUAGACUGGUCUGCUGACAAAUUAUAUAAUCUUCAACAUGACAACAUGCUCUCCAAUGUUAAUUUAUUAGCUGGAAUAACUAUUAAUUAUCACUAUCGUAGGAUCUUUAAUAAAAGAGAACUUAGAAAUCUUACUGUUACAGUUCUCUGUUUUAAUGGAGUUUCCAAUGCAUCUUUUUCACAAAACAUCUCACUUGAGGAAGAAAUCUUAGGCUUGAAUGUUUUAAUCAAUAAAAACCUUCUACCAACUUUCGAUGAUUUAAUAAUGAAUAUAUCAACUCUUACUGGUACAAAUAUGAAUAUGACUAUUGAUUUUGGAGAUGGAAAAAGUUCAUUCUUCCAACAUAACGGACCAAGUUUAGAUCAUUAUUUAGUAUAUUCAUAUAAGGAGCCUGGAUGUUAUCGCUUAACUACAACUAUAAGUAAUACUGUCAACUCUGUGAGCAUAACAAAGGAAAUGAUUGUACAAAACAAGAUAGAAAAUACAUCAUAUGCUUUAGAGUAUAAGCCUCCUAGAAAUGUCUCCUUAUUGAUAAAGCAAUAUCAACCACAUUCAUUACCAACGAAUGCUUCUUGUAUUGUAGAAUUUGAGAAUAUUUCCAUAUCAGAGGAUUGGUCAUCAUCUUAUAUAUUUGAUGUUAAUAGUGUUAACUUUUUCCAUCAUAUUAAUUUACUCUCCGGUUUAAUGAUUGCAUAUUCUUAUCCUAGAAUUUUUAAUAAGAGAGAAUUCAGAAAUCUGUCUGUAGUGGCUUUCUGUUUUAAUAAGGUUUCAAAUAGUACAUUCACGGAGAGAUUAAUCCUUGAGGAAGAGAUUUCAAAUCUAAAUGUUUCAAUCAAUAAAAACAUCCUACCAACUUUAGACGAUUUAAAAAUGAAUAUAUCAACUCUUACUGGUACAAAUAUGAAUUUGACCAUUGAUUUUGGAGAUGGAAAAUCAAGUGAUAUGUUGCUUAGUGGCUCAGGAGUGGUAUAUUUCUUAAAUUACAGAUAUAAAAAUCCCGGAUUAUUUCAGCUAACUACAAAAAUAUAUAACUCUGUUAAUACUUUUACAAGUCAACAUCAAUUAAUUGUUCAAAACAAGAUUAUCAAUGCAACAUUCUCCUUAAUAUAUGAGGAGCCAAGGACUUUACUGUUAUCUGUCAGGCAAUAUAGUCCACUAAUAUUACCUACAAAUGUUACUUGCUCCAUUGGAAUUAGUAAUGAGAACAGCCGACUUCUCUUAUAUCAAGAUUUAUUGACUGGAAGUUCAGUAGUUUACACUCUGGAUGAGAUAUAUAACAAAAGAGAUUUUAAAAAUAUAAAUGUUACAGAAAGAUGUCAUAAUUUAGUUUCCAAUGUUGAAUUCUCUAGAAAUGUUACCUUUAGAGAGGAAAUUAGCGGAUUAACCUUUGAAGUUGAUACUAAUGUUAUAAAAGUUAAUGAUACAGUAAAUUUUACAAUUUUUACCGCAACUGGCGACAAUAUUACACUGGAGAUAGAUUACGGAGAUGGAAAUUUAAUUAGUAAAUGGAUAAAAACAAUUUAUGAGAGAAAGAACUUGACAUAUGAUUAUAAUAAAGCAGGAAAUUACUCCGUAAAUGUUGUAGUAAAAAACUCAGUCAAUCAAUUAUUUUUUAAUUUACCUUCAAAGAUAAUAGUUCAAAUACCUAUUAUUGAUUUUGCAGUUGAAGGACCGUACAUUGGCACCUUAGAUCAACAGCCAUUAAACUUCUCUAUGCAAGUUAACAAGCAUAGCUCACCUCCUACAGAUGUUUUCUGUGUUUUACAGUCCAGUACUAACAAUAAAAGUUCAAUAUACCAAUAUCAACCUAAAUUGUCAACUAUAAAAUCACAUAUCCUAAGUUAUAAAUAUGUAAGAGAUGAUGUUGGUAAAAAUAUCUCAGUUACCAUAUCUUGCAAAAAUUUAGUUAGCAAAUUUGAAAAAGCCUUUAACUUAUCCAUAUUUGAGAGAAUUAAGAAACUGUCCGUAAAAACUGAAAAACCAGGUUACGAAAAUCUUGAAAAUAUACCUAUCGAGAUAAAAGUGGAGGCUGGUUCAUCAGUUGUCUAUAGUAUAAAUUACCUCUCGUCGGUUAAACAAGAAAAACAUCCUAAAAUAUUUGCCAGUGAGCAAUCAUUAAUUAGUAAUAUACAAUUCUCGAAUAUUGGAAAUUAUACAGUAAAAGUAGUUGGGGGAAAUGAUGUGAGCAAAGAAGAGCAGACAGUUAAAGUAGUGGUGCAGAAUAAAAUUAAAGAUAUUGGCCUGAAGGCAAAUAAAUCAAUCCUAUGGACACCUGGUAUAAUUUCCUUUGAUCUCUACUCAGAAUCUUCACAAGAAGUGCUUACAGACAUCUUCUGUUUAUUUGAUUUUAGCAAUGGAAUUUCUGUAAAAGAAUUUAUAACAUCCUGGCCACCGUCUACUUCUUUUACGUACAAUUUUUAUUUUCCAAGAAGUGCAGUUGGCAAUCUGACAACGAAUCUGGUUUGCAGUAAUUUAGUUUCCCUUAAAAAGUUUGAGACUUUGACAGAAAUCAUAUUGGAUGCAGUAAUAAUAGAACAAAUAGGAGAUAAUGGAACCGUUUUAUUAACGAAUGAAACAACUAUUAUAACUGAAAUCAAGAGAAUGGGUACCAAUUCAUGUUUUAUCUUUGAUCUUGGUGACAAACAUGCCACAAAGUUGGCGUUUGGCGUCAACAAUUUUUGCAAGGAUUAUGCCUUUGAUAGGUCAAUAACCUUUAAAAAAAUUCUCUAUGAACAAAAACAGAUUAUAAUUAAUCAUGUUUAUGAUGAGGUAGCAUAUUAUAAAGUUAAAGUCAAGGGAUUUAAUCAUAUAACAGAAGAUGAGAAAAUAUUUACAACACGAGUUGCAGAUUGGUACUGUUAUAGUCCAAAUGCCUCAGUACCAGUUGAAUAUACUUUCCCAAAUAAACCAUUUAAGCAAAUGAAAAGUGUUGCCUUUGAAAUACCAGUAAACGUUAGUUGGGAUUGUAUGAAAACUAAUAAAAUAGUAUACAAAUGGAAAAUAUUCAAAAAGAAUACUAAUUCUUUAAAAUUUGAAUCAACUAAUAAAACUUUAAAGAUAGCUGAGAGGCAAUUAGAAUAUGGAAUUUAUAGGAUUGAAUAUUUCUUGUAUAUGCUUAACAAUUUAGACUCGAACAAUACAUAUAUAUAUUUCCUUGAAAUAGUACCAAGUCCUUUGCAUGCAGAGAUUCAAAAUGGAAAUUGGACUACUGCUGAAUAUGAUUUCAAUAAAACAUUUAAUGCCGAAAUAUUAAGCUAUGAUCCGGAUAACAACCCUAAUGAAAAAUUAAAGGGUAUAAGUUUUAAGUGGUAUUGUUGGAGAAGGAAUGAGAAAUUUCCUUUAUCAUCUUUUAGCAAACAUACAGGACCAAAUUUACAGAAUAUGCCUACACUAGCUCAAUUUAAUGAAAAUGGAGGAUGCUUUGGAAAUGGUCCUGGAUAUAUUGACAAUGAUUCAAACGGAAAAUUAACCAUAAAUACUUAUUAUAUGAAACCAAAUGAAACAUACGUUGUAGCUGUUAAAAUUCUAUCAAAUAUAGAGAACAGAGAGGCAACUUCUGAGCAAUUGUUUUAUUUGAAACACUUUUCAAAACCAACGCUCAAACUGAGGUGUAAGAAGAAUUGUCUCGAAAGGAAAGCACUUUCUUCCUCUAUGAUUUACGAAGUUGUUUGUUUGUCAAAGUGUACAAGUUUGUACUGGCAAAUUAGUUACUCUUGGAAACUAAUUGUAAAUGCCAAUCAAACAUGGUCUAUUGUCAAUGACUUACAUAAUAGGGUUACUGGAAAUUCAUCAUUAAGUGAGAUUGAGAUAAAGGAGAGAGGACUUCUUCCAGGAACCUAUCAUAAUAUUAUCGCUGAAGGAACAAUGGGAGAAAUUGGUGAAACUGGAUAUGUAAAUGAGACAUUUCUCGUGAACAAACCACCUUCUGGUGGUAGUUGUAAUUGUAAGCCUAGGUCUGGCUUCGCAUCAAUAACCAAUUUCGAAAUAAGUUGUUUAGGUUGGAAAGAAUUUAAAACUGAUCCAAAUCAGGCAGGUUUAAAAUAUGAAUAUAGAGCAAGACCUCAAGGACAAAGGCAAAGUUUCCUACUAUAUUUUUCAUAUAACCAAGAGGCUGUCUUUUUGAUGUUGCCAGUUGGAGAUCCAAGAAAACAAAUAACUGAAACGGUAAUUAAUAUUAUUGAUUCCAUUGGUGAUGGAUAUGAAUUUAUCUUUGACGUGCACGUUAAACCACCUCCCACAUCUGAAAAUAAAGUAUUAGAUUUAACUUUAGAUCUUGUAUCAAGUGGAAAUAUGGCAGAGCAACUAAACAUAGGCAACUUCAGUCAAGUUUCCUCCAGAAUUUAUUCAGUAACAUCAAUUUUAAAUGCAAAUCUUAAUAAAUCAUUUGAAGAAACAAAUAAUUUUACUGAGAUUGAACAAGCCAGAGAUGCAUGCGAAAAGAGGAGAAAGAGAAUAAAGGUGCGAAAACAAAUGAUUGACUUUGCUAUGAAGAUACCAUACAAGUCAGUGGACGAACUUCAACAAAAUAAUGGGCUUGUUAGUACUCUAGUAUAUAAACCAAAAGAAAUAGACAUCACUUCACAGAUGAAUGUGGCUACCCAAAUAGGAAAUUUAAAUAACGUGUUAAAUAAAGAAAAUUUAUCACCAACAGCUAAAGAGGAUAUAUCAAUAAGCUUGUUGGAGACGUCAGUUCUAACAACUUCGGCAGCUGAUAGUUAUAAGCAAGACACUGAAGAAAAAAAAGCAUUCGAUAAUAUGAAUAAAACAAGCAAUUCAACAACAUUUUUCUGUGAUGUUACCUCAUUAGAAAAUACAACAGCGACAGUAAACACAACAAACAAUACUGUAAAUACUAUAAAUGACAAACUGAAAGAUGUCAUGACGAAUGUCCUUAAAGUUAUUCACAAUGUCACUGAUGAGUUGUUAAUAAGGCAGAAAAUAGAUGAACCACCUUUAAAAGUUAAUUUCGAACAAAUGAGUAUUAAUAUUGAAAAAGCAUCUACGAACAGAGUUAAAAAUAGUAACUAUACAUCAAAUUUCGGAUCAGUAAAAAUUAAUGCCUUUCAAAAUGAUAAUGAUUCGUGUGUAACAAGAAGAUUAAUGAUGUCUAGCGUUAAUCCCUAUAUGUGGGAUAACUCCGCGUCGAAUGUUACAUCAACAGUAACUGAGUUUGAAAUUCGACCUUGCGAUUCAAUAUCAAAACAACCAACUAGAAAGAAGAGAAGUAUACAACAAGAUACUCAAACUAACUUCUCACUUAGUCUGAAUAUGAAGAAUACAAACAACGGUAUUCAAUAUAUAAACACUACAAAGAACACAGCUCUGCAUAUUCUCAAUGCAACGAGGAAUAUCCUCCUAUUGACCUUCCAUUUGAGAAGUGAAGAUACCAUGUCAGUCCUUAUUGGUUACAAUUUCAGACCUAGUAAUGAUAGGAAGAAUGCAUCGUUCAUCUUACCAAAUGUAAACAAAACAUGCUCAUCCAACCUGGAUAGUGAAGACUGUGACGAAUUGAGAAGGACCAUUAUGCUUAGACCAAAAGAAAAUGCAACAGUGAUGGUUGUUGUUUCGUGUUCAAACUGUUCAAGUCAACUUCUCAACUAUAGUAUUCAAAUAACAUAUCCAUUAUGCAAAAUGUGGACAGAUGGCAGAUGGCAAGAGAGAGAUUCUUGUAAAAUUGAUCAAGAGACAACAGUAUCAAAAACAAGAUUUACGAGUAAUCUAUUUGGGAGUUUGGGAGCUGGAUUAGAUAUGGCCCCAAAUCUUAUAGACUUUGAUACAGUGUUUGACGACUUUGCGAGCAAAUUAGCUGAUAAUGCAGCUGUAUUUGGAACAAUAUGCGCAUUGUUAGCUCUUUUCAUUCCCUUGGCUUUAUUGGUAAGAAGAAUGGAUAAGAGAGAUAGAUUACUCUGGAUUCCUUUGCCACUAUUGGACAAUUACAAAGAUGACAAUUAUGAAUUCGAAGUACAUGUCUAUACUGGAAAUAAGAAAGAAGCUGGGACUAAAUCUAAGGUUUACUUAACAUGCUAUGGAAGUGAAUAUAAUUCAGGGCGUCGGACAUUAUCUGCACAGGGAGCGAGUUCCUUUAAUGAAGGGAGUACCAGAUCAUUUAUUAUGAAAACAACUUGUGGUAUGGGAUCAAUUAUCUGCGUCAAGGUGUCUCUUGACCCAAACUGUCCUGAACCUUGGUUUUUAUCAAGAAUAGUAAUCAUUGAUAAAGUUCAAAAUGUUUGGUAUAAUUUCGAUUGCGAGCAGUGGUUGUCUCCUAGUCAUGGUGAUUGUGAAAUAGAGAGAGUACUCAUUGCAACGAGAACAGAGACUAAAACAAAGAUGGAUGGAUUAUUAAAAAAGAAUAUCAGACGACGAUUUACUGAUGAUCAUUUGUGGGUAUCUGUAGGGGCAAGAAGAACCAAAUCUCAAUUUACAAGACUCCAAAGAUUAACAGUUUGCUUCGUUGCUCUGUUCUUGUCAAUGAUUGCCAGCUGCAUGUUUUACAGAGGUUCUGGAGAAUCUAAAGCUCAGUCUGGAUUAACAUUUGGUCCAGUGACUUUCACAGUCUACGAAUUAUAUGUUGGAUUGGCAAGUAGCGUUGUUGUAUUUCCUGGAUUGGUUCUGAUUACAUUAUUAUUCAAUUCGAAAAAAUGGCGGAAAUACACUGUUCCUUUGGGAUGGAUUUUUGCUUUUCUAGCAGCAUUUACAGCGGCAUUCUUCACAGUUCUGUACUCGAUUCAAUGGGGAAAAGAAAAAUCAUUACAAUGGUUAAUGUCAUUCUUUCUCUCAUUUAUACAAAGUAUCAUUUUGGUUCAACCAAUCAAAGUAAUAGUCGUUGUAUUCUUGUUAACGUUCUUGUUUAAAAAGGAUACUGAUCUAACUGAAUACGAAGAUAACAUAGGUGAUAUGAAAAAGUUAGAAGAGGAGAACUUAUCUCACAUUCCAGCAGAAUUGAAUAUUCAUGAAAGAUUAAAGAAAGCAGCAGAUGAAGUUUACAUAUCAAGAAAGGAGACCCAAUUAGAGGACAAAAUGCAAAACAUGAUAAAAAAUAUUGUUCUUCAUGCAAUUUAUAUAAUUUUUGUUCUCUUUAUUUGCUAUAGCAACCAGAAUUCUAUGACUUACUAUCAGAACAGAUCAAUCUAUAAUACUAUAUCUAAAGUUCAUACGGUGAGCAAUUAUGAAAAAUUCUGGCAGUGGAUGGAAACUUAUGCAAUACCAGAACUUUAUCCAAAAACUUAUUAUAAUAGUAGAAAUCUAUCUACGUAUGACUUAAAACAUACAAGUGAAUUGAAUCACAUGAGAUUUUCAUCUGUUCGAUUAUUUCAGUUAAGAGUUAAAAAAAGCAAUUGUAAAACUAUAGAUUACUUGAAAACACUGUUGCGUAAUCGAACAUGCUCUGGGUUUUAUUCAAGCUUUGAUAGGAGUGAAGAGAGUUUUUCUUCUUUUUGGGAUGAUUUUAAUGUGAAUACAACGUAUAGUGGUUUUAUGUAUUCAAAGAAAGAGAAAGGCUAUUCAAUUUCUUUAGGUCAGAAUGCGGAUAAAGCUUCGCAAAUAGUACUCAAAUUAAAAAAGUUUGGUUGGUUAGACCGUCAGACCCGUCAUGUCAAAUUGGAUGUAACAAUAAUAAAUCAUGAAACAGUUUCUCAGGCAUCUUGGAAUUUUGAAUUUAAACCUGUUGGAGGUAUAAUUAUUAAAGUUCGAAGUGAUUCCUUAAAAUUGUAUAGAUACACAGGAGCUGGCGGUCUAGUUUCACUUAUUUUUGAAAUUGUGUCAAUUAUAAUUUGGUUAGUCUUAGUUAUUCGAUGCCUUUAUCGUUUUAUCAGAUAUUCAGAAAUUCCUGGAAUUCUAUUGCUCUUUUCAUUAACAUGUUUCAUUUGCGCUAUUGGACUAUACAUCUGGAGGACAGUUAUUGGAGUAAAAGCUGUCGAGAAUGUUAUGAAUUCAAGAAAUGAAUACGUAGAUUUAUCAUUAUUCUUUAAUGCUCAUGAAUAUUUUAUGAUAUUUAUUGCUUUUUGCGGAUUCUUUGGCCAACUGCAUAUAUUAACUAUGCUGAAAAUAUCAAGAACAAUAUCAGUUCUUGUAAGUACGCUAAAAAAAUCAAGAUCAGAACUAGUAGCAAUAGGAAUUUGCUGUUGUAUUAUUUUUAUUGCUUAUGCUUGCUGGGGUUACAUUAUUCUUGGAACAUCUACAGAUAAAUAUAAAAGUUUUAAAUAUACGUGCUUUGCACUACUUGUUACAGUUUUUGGGCAUUUAGAUUUUGAAGAAUUAUCUGAGACUGCAGGUCUAAUGGGAAAAAUUUAUAUCACAUCUUAUGGAUCUAUAAUGCUAUAUCUAAUACUAAACAUCUUUAUUACAACUCUAAAUGAAUUCUUGUCUGCAGUAAAGACCGAUCCCACUGUGUUACCCGAAGAUCAUAAAGUAUUCCGACAUAUUACUAAAACUAUACAGAAGAUGUUAUCUAAAGACAGUGAGACUAAUGAGAAUUCUAAUAAAGAAUAUAAUGAAGCGAAAUACAAAGCAUUAUAUAACAGAAUAGAAUCCUUGGAAAAGAUCGUCUUUUCAUGGGACUCUUGUAUUGAUGUUGAAAUAAUUGGAAUAAUAUUGGAUUUAUUCAAUUCGAAACCAAAUUUAAUAAAAGCUAGAAAUAUGAUGAUUUUUAGGCUUUCACUAAUUCUUAUAACUUUCGCUAUAUUAUAUGGAAUGGACUUUUGCCCUGAUGGUUGGAUGAGAAAUUUAAACUAUUGCUUUAAAGCUUUCGACUUUACUCAUACUGUCGAUAUGUGUACUUUGUAUAAUGCAACUGCAAUUAAAAUUAACACAACUAGAAAGCAAUCGUUUGCCGAGUUGUUUACUCGUUUUCAAGCUGGUGAUUCAUAUCAUAUUGGCCUGAUCAGAUCCGUCAUUACCCCUUCUGUUAAACAAAAUUUUAAAUGGUUUGACAAUUCUGCCUUAAAAUUUCAUAAUUUUUUGAAUGGUGCAGGUCUUAUAGCGCUAUAUCCUGUUAUAUUAUCAUCAAAUGGUCAGUGGAAUGAUAUUUAUGAAUAUAAUAAUGUAGGAUCAAUCUGCGAAAUGAUGUUAGAUGACAGUACUGGUUGUCGUCCGAAUUGGCAUAUGCUGGAUGGUUGGCGUGAUAACAGAACCAGUUUGAAAACUAUUAUAGGAGGAGUAGUAGUUGAGUGUUUACAAGAUUGCUUUAGAGGUAAAUACGGUGAAUGCAAAGCUGUAACAUGGGAUGAAAAUUCAAAAACAUGCUACUUUUAUCCUGAAAAAAUGUAUGCUGAUGAUAUGGAAGACCAUAUCAAGGAUGUCAAGUAUGUCCAUUUUCAAUACGAAUGCGAUGGAAUAAGUGGAGCAGCAGCUUGUUCGAAUGAAUACGACAUUAGUCAUCUUCAAGAUACCGAUUUUCAAGCUUCUUCAAUAGCAGAAAUAUCUGGAGUUACUGUUAAACCAGUAAUGGCUAAGUUUAAUAAUUACUACGAAAGUAACAAUUACGGAGCCUUUAGGCCAGACACAGAAGAUGAAAGACAAUGGCUAAAUAUCCAAUUUAAUACUCUAGUGAACGUCAUGUACGGUAAUUCAUUUUGGUCCAGUGCAAGAAUUAUUUUACUUCGGAGACCUUUUAUUGCUAAAUGUGUCAAAAUUAAUCCAAUUACUUGGACAGGUUCACCAGAUAUGCGAAUAUCAUUUAGAGGCUGUGAAGUAUCAAAUACUUCUAACAUCUAUGAUCCAACGAAAUAUCCAUUAGGAAUGGGAUCUGGACAUAUAGAGGAUACUCAAAUUAGUACAAAUUUUUUAAAAACCAGUACUUCUGAAACUUUUCCUCCCUUCUUAGCAAGGAUAAGAGGACGCUCUAAUGAGUUUCCCUUACAAAAACCUUGCUGGACCAUUCAAUACCAUAUGUCAUGGUUUCAAGUAAUUUUUUUGCUACCUGUUCAGCUAACUGGUGUAGCCGUUGUUUCCCACUCUGAAUGCAAAGGAUUUUUAAAAAAAUUUUUUAUGUCUGCAACACUGAAUAAAGAGAAUUUAAAGACUCUGCUAACAGAUAUCAAUAAUAAUGUUAUCGUAUUUACUGGGUCGUUUGACUCUGUUUCGGAGAAACCCAUCUUAAAUACUCUUCCUAAACCUGUAAAAUCAACAUAUGUGAGAAUAUUUGCCGAAAGUUGGGAUUGGGAAGGAGGUAGUAGAUUUGAAUUUUAUGGAGAACAAGACGCAAUCUGUGAAAAGCUAGAUCUUGAGCAACAUGCUAAGAUAUCGUUAAUAAGUCAUUCGAAUGAGAUUUUAAUUGACUUAGAUUUACUCUAUCAUCUAACAACACUCCAAGUUAAAUGGUACAACUCUAAAAUAUCUUAUCAGAAAUUGGAGUUUUCAAGAAAUGACAACAUAUGGAGGCCUCUUGAUAUAUAUUCAAUAAAGCAAUUUGACAAUACAACCAUUAAUAUUACACUUAUAAAUCAACAUUUAGCUACUAAACUGAAGCUAACCUAUUUUAAUAAUAGUGUUGUUGAUUUAUCUUUCCUACACCUGUCAAUAGAAGCGUGUGAAGCUAAACGUUGCCCACCAAAUACCAUGCACUACGAUAAGAAAUGCUAUUUUUUUGUGCCAGGAUUUACCAAAGGUUAUGAGACAAUGUAUCAUAUUUGCGACAGUAUUGUUUGGGGAGAGAAAGCUUACAUGAUAAGUUUAUCAUCGUAUGAAGAGAAUGCAAUUCUAUCAAAUAUCGCUUACAGAUUUAAUAAACCGUAUUAUAUUGGAUAUGUUGUAAACGAAUCUCUUCCAGUCACUUCAGAAUCGUUAAAAUUCCAUCCGUCUCAAGUUUGGGAGUGGGUUAGUAAGGAGAACAAUACAUAUACAAAUUGGAACAGAUAUAAUGGAGGCGGAGAACCAGAAAGUCAUACCACUGAAUUAUGCACUUUUCACGACCUUGUCACUCAGUAUGUGUGGGUAAGCAUUUUGUGCGAUGUACCUGCUGUCUACGCAUGUGAAAUAGAGGCAAAUGUAAAAGUCAAUGAUUCAGCUAGUAUUAAAUGGUUUUAUUAUAUGAAUACUCUACCAAGUAACAAAAAUUUGAUUCUUCAAUUGGAUAUAAGUCAACCUGAUGCUUGUUCAUAUUUCUGUGAAACUAUGGAUGCAUUCGAUUGCCAAGGAUUCGCUUUUAAAAGACAAGAAGAACAUGGGUUUUGUAAUAUAUAUGUUAGAACUACUCAAGAAAAUGGAAUAAAAUUUCCUUAUGACUCAUACAAAGAUUGGUCAUGGGAUACAUGGGUCAAAUACUCUGCUGUUGAAAAUUGCGAAGAACCUUUAUUAUUUACAUUAAAGGAAUAUGAACAUGGAGAGAUAACUGCUAAUGACGAACCGUCAUAUCCACAGGCCAGUUUAAGUCGCCUAAUAAUGAAUAAUAGACAAUUUAAUAGUAUGGAAAAUCCAGAAAAUUAUGGAUUUUUUCAAGGAACUGUUCGAUUCAUGUACAUUAUAAUUGAUUUUGGAAGACUAGUACGCAUGACCAGAAUAGCUAUUGAAGGAGCCGGAGGAUAUCAUAAACACUAUGUUAAAAGUUUUCAAUUACAAAUCUCAAAUCACACUCAUAUUUGGGAUUCUGUUGAAAAUAAAGGAGUACACAUAAAUUUUUUUGGCAAUGCAAAUCAGAAUUUCCCAGUUUUUAAUAUCCUUGAACCAGAAUUAUUUGCGAGGAAAUUGAAAUUUCUUACUGAUGAUUAUGAAAAUUCUCCAGCUUUAAGAUUGGAGGUUUACGGGUGUAAUAGAAAUGAAACUCAAUAUCAUUCAGAAAAAGCUUUAGGCUUAUGGAAUUUUUACAUUCUUAAUUCCCAAUUAUCUAAUGCUUAUUCUGAAAAUGGAAAUGAUAUAAAUGGAAUUCGACCCUUUUACGCUUCUCCACUUCCUCAGAAUUGUGGAUUUUUGCUACAAACUCAUCUUUCUAUUGCUAAUUUCUGGCAAUUUGACUUAGGAAUACGAUACAAAAUCUCAAAAAUUAUAACAUAUGGUCACUGUCAAGAUUUGACGAAACGUAUAAACAGUUUCCACAUACAGUAUACUGAUGAUUUGAGCAGAUGGAAUCUUCAUGUUUUCAAUAAAAAAUAUCGAAUUCUGAGAUAUCCUCAUUUAGAUAGUACUAUUCUGUCUGUACCAAUUACAGCAAGACACUUGCAGUUACAGAAUAUUCAUGAUUUUUCAGUUGAACCUAUCAUUUCUAUGGAAUUAAUUGGUACUACAGGCGAGUUGCCCAAGUUGAAAAAAAUGAAAUAUUUCCCAAAGUUUAUAAAUUCAUCAUCGGAAAAAGAUAGUAAUUCCUUAGCUUCAAUGGCAUUGACUAAUCUUCCUCAAACUUUCUGGUGUAAAUUAGAUAGUGAUGAAAAUCCUUGGUGGUUUAGUGAUUUUGGACUAAUUUAUUUAAUAGAGAGAGUUAUUAUUUAUAGUAAAAGCUCAAAUAACACGCAAAAGAGCUACUGUGGAGGUUUAAAUAUUUAUAAAUCUCAAUAUGAUUUAUAUGAUAUGAUUAAAGUUAAAGAUGAAAUAUUCUGUAUGGAGAACAAUGAUUCUUUAACAAUAUAUUCUACACCUGCUUUAAGAUUCAGAUAUGUUAGAUUGAAUCUUCAUAGUUCAUUUCAAAGUUGUAUGAGAUUCGAAUUUUUUGGACAACAAGCUUCAAAAUGUCCACCAGGUUCAGCAAGAAAUUUAGAUAAAUGCUAUUCAGUAGUUAAUAAGCUCAGCUUGAGGGCUGAAGCAAAAACUUUUUGUCAAUUGUCAUUCAGCUGGAAAAGUCAGGGAUAUCUUAUAAUGACAAAAUCUGCCCAAGAAAUGGAUUUCUUGAGAAAACUACUAAUUAGAAUCAAAUUUGGAAAAGUACAUAUCGGACUGAAUGAAAGCUCGAAUAAUAAUUACGUAUGGGACGAUGGAACCAUACCACACUCUCUUUUCACAAUUCGCCAUGAAGAUAACAGUAAUACUAUCAUUAUGGAUGAUGAUCAAGUAAAAGAAAAAUUUAAUAUAGAGGCCUACUCUAUAUGUGAAACUGAAGCAAAUGGUUUUGAAAGUUCUAUCCUUGAAAGUAAUACACUGAUGCUCCUUUUUUUUUUAGUUGCGGACAACAUCGACGAACGAGAAGAUGAUGACUGCUCUCCAUUAUGGACUGCUAUUCCACAUUAUAGGCUAGAUGAUCUAUAUACCAUAGCCCUUAAUUUCGUUAAUCUAGAGCAAUGUAUGGAUUAUUGCCUCAACAACAGAAUUAAGUGUAAAUCUUUUGAAUGGCAAAUAAAGGAUGAUCAAAGUAACGCUUGCAAAAUAUAUAACAUAAAUAUGCGCUACUUAAAGAAUAAUGAUAAAUUUGUCAGUGAUAAUGACUUUUAUUAUUUCGAAUAUUUAUGUCUGGAUAAGAAAUCUAACAAUUUAUUACCCAAAGAGUUUGAAAAUGAAACUAUCUAUAAUAUCACAUCUACGGUAGUUGGCAGUUCAAGUAAACGAUACAGCUUAUCAAGUCUUCAAGACAGUGACUAUGAUGGAGCUUAUUGCUUUCUUACUAAGACUGCCUUGUCAACGUGCUAUAUCCAAAUAGACUUUGGAUCUGUAACACAUAUUGAAACUUUUUCUGUUAUUGGGAUAUCGGAGAAAAAAUAUUAUUUAAUAUCAGCCAAUAUUGCAUAUCAAAAAGAUCAAGAUGGCUAUUGGCAGUUUCAUUCGGAUGAAGGUGGACACAUACAGGUGUAUCGUCUGUCUUGGGAAGCAAAUUAUCAAUAUCAUUCAGAAAUUAUUCCUAAUAUAGAAUGUAUUACUUUAAGAUUUUAUCCUGUCUCGUUUCAGGGCAGGGCUACUCUUAGCCUCCAACUUUAUGGAAACCAAUUAUCAAAGGAUGAUAAAAAAUUGAAAAUUUGCAGCUAUCCACUGGGUGUUUCUAACCCCUUUGUUAUAACUGAUUCUCAAAUAACUAGUUCAAGUUAUGGGUCACAUUCAAACGUUAAAGGAUAUCCUAGCAGAGUUCGUGCUUAUGGAAGUUAUUGCUGGUUUCCUUUAUCUUCCGAUCCGGACAAAUACAUUCAAAUAGAUUUAGGUUAUGAAUAUAAAGUUACUGGAAUUUUGUUGCAACCAUGUAAUAGCCACAAUAUUACCAAUUAUGCUUUUGAGGCUACAAUGAAAUAUUCUUUAAACCGUUUAAAAUAUUGGCAUUAUUACAAGGAAAAUAAUCAAAUUAGGAAAUUUAAAUUAGGGAAUACUCCACCAAUUGAACAUAGCUUCAACUUUAUCUUUCAUCUUAAUGAUAGUGUUGAAGCAAGAUUUAUUAAAUUAAUAUCAACGCUUGGAGGUGUUCAUAACGGAUUCAGAUGCGAAAUUCUUGGAUGCUCAAAACGUUGUCCACCUAACUACUUUCUCUAUGGGAAGAGAUGUAUCAGUAUAUCAUAUCAAUCGCAAAGUACUAGAAACUACUCUACAUCUAUUUGUCAGUCUACAAAAUGGAAAAAAGGACAUUUAGUUUUACCUAAAUAUGAUGAAAUGUUUAGUAUCUUUCUACAAGAAUUAUUGUCUUUUUCCAAUUCAACUGUCUUCAUUGGUUUAAGUAAAAUAUCAGAUUGGAUUUGGUCUGAUGGAGACAUUCUAAAAGCUUGGAGAGUGGGCAGCCAAGUCAACGAUAGCCUCUCUUGCGCUGGACUGAGUUUCAAAGGGUUUUGGACUACUCUAGACUGUCAAGAUGAUUAUGGAUAUAUUUGUGAAACAGAACCAAUAUCUUUCAAUGAAAACAAUAGCGGAUAUCAAUGGAGUGUUGAUAAACAUUAUAUUCUAAAUUCUAAACAUUCACAAAGUAAUUACACCAUUCAAAAUUUUGCAUCCGAACAGUGUAUUAUAGCAUGUUUAGAAGAAGAUGAGUUCUUUUGCCAAUCUGUUUCUUACAAUCCAUUGCCUAAAACCUGUACACUGCAUGAAGCAAACAAAUAUUUUACGGGAGUGAAUCUUGUUAAAAGUGAUUAUGAUACUAAACAUUUUGAACUUUAUCAAACAGGCAGCUGUAACAAGGGAAUAUUAGCUACCAAGUCUUUUAGUUUGAGUUUGUCAACCUCAAAACCAUAUUCGUCAGAUUUUAAUGGCUCUGAACUUGCUUUUAAUGCUGUGUCUAAUGGAAGAUAUUGGAGAGGAUUUGCACGUGUUAAUCCAUGGAUAUCUCUUCACUUCGGAAAUUUGGUACUAUUUACAAGAUUGGAAAUUAGAGGUGGUGAAAAUGGUUACAUAAGACGCUUUAGAUUUCUGUCAUCUCUGUCUAAUGAUACCAAUAAUGAAGUUCAAAACAGCAACACUUCUCUAUUUGAAGGUUUAGAGAAUACUCUUGAUGGCAAAGUUUAUCUUUUCAAGCCUCCUUUAAUAGCCAAGAGUAUAAAAAUUAAAAUAGAUAAUUUUCAAGAGAAUCCAGAAUUGCAAAUGGAAUUAUAUGGAUGUAUAAAAUUAACAAAAGACUGUUUGUCAUUGCCUACUUCUACUAUGAGUUCAUUAACAUCAGAUAAAAAGUUUAAAGUGACAUGUUGGAAUGAUUGGACAUUAAUUGGAGCUAAAUUAUCUUCAGAUAGCCAUUGGAAUAGAUCGUGGACGGAAUUUAAGGAUGGAUUUCGUACAGAUACAGAAAUUUGGACUGGUAAUGACUUCAUAUCUAUGUUGACAAAUACUAAUCAAUAUAUAAUACGAAUUGAUCUUUGGUCAACUAGUGGUGUUCACUUUCAUUCUGAGCACGAUUAUUUUAAAUUAGACACUGAAGAAAAUCAAUUUAGAAUUCAUAUCAGUAAUUUCUCCAGUGGUAGUGUUUUUAAUCAGUAUUUUGAAAAUGAAUUUCAUUUCCAUACAUUUGAUAAAGAUAAUGACGUAUUAUGUGCAAAUACAAUAGGAAGUGGGUGGUGGUUCCCAUCAAACUCUUGUACUAAUUAUUCAUUAGUAGCACAAAAUCUUCCUUGGUACACUAAAACAUCCAACACUUUUAAAAUAUUAACUCCGACAGUUAAAUCAUUUAUAUGGAGAGCAAAGCCUAAAACGCAUUAUAAUAUUGCUUUAUUCAAGAAUGCUUAUCAAAAAACAACAAAUGAAAGUAACGAACCUAGUUUGGCCGUAGAUGGUCUGGUUGAUGUAGGAUCUUGCGUUAUUGGAGCAAAAACCGAUAAUCCAUGGUGGGUUGUCGAUUUAGUCAGAGAGACUCGAGUAAAAGUUAUUCAAAUAUGGAAUCGAAGAGACUGUUGUUAUAAAGAACUGAAUAAUUUUACAGUUGGCGUUGCUAAAAACUUCUCUACAGAGAAAUUUAACUAUUCAGACUUUAGUAUUUGUGCAAACAAUAACGAAACCUUAUUACCAGGAGAGGCUAAAUUAUUAGAGUGUAAUAGAGAUGUUACGAUUGGUUCCUAUCUUGGAAUAUGGAUGAUAGGAGAGUCCCUUAGAUUGUCAUUAUGUGAAGUUGAAGUUUAUUCUGAUAAUUAUUAUGGUUCUGACGCAAAAUAUGGAGAUUUUUGCGAUACUGAUAUAAAUUGUAUAGAGGUUUAUACAAUUUGUCUACCAACAUCUGAACCUAUGGAUUUUACACCCACAACCUAUACCUGCCAAUGUAGAGCUUCAACAAUUAGAUAUGGAAGUGAUUGCAUACCCGAAGCUGACUUGUACCUAUCUUCUCUGGGAAAAGUAGAACCUUCCGAUUAUAUAAUUAGAAGCGAUAAAACACCAAUUACUCUGUCGAUACUGAUAAAAGGUAAUAGUGGAUUACCAAUUUUGCCAACAGUUUUACCUGUAACAAACUAUAAUUUGACAAUUUAUGCAUCGAAUUCGAUAAAUUCAUCUGAAGAAACGUUGAAAUUGUACCCUAUUCAAUAUAAUUAUUCUGGGUUCAACUCAAAACUAGUACCAAAUUUUGAUAAAAUCCUUGCAAUACCUGUUCAAUUAACAGUUGAUGUUGCAUUUGAAGUAGACGCUAGAGUUUGUCGAAAUAUAGGAAGUAUAUGCGCUAUUCUAACUGAAUCAAAUUUUCACACGUACAAAGAAUCUAACAUGAUAGACAACAAAUACUGCGUAAGUGCACAACAGUUCUUCACGUGCCAACCAGCAAUAGAUUUAAAAAUAGAACUAUCAUAUGUGGAGCCCUUCUAUAGAGAUUUAGCUCAGAAUUGUACAGCCAGUUUAGUUAUUCGCAACCUGGGUUUUCCAAAAUAUGACGUUGCUCCAGUUACUGGAGAUGACAAAAAUUUUGAAAUACUUUAUACUUUCGUAAUUCUAAAUUAUGCAGCUGCAAGCCCUUUAAAGCAUAGACCACUUGAAGCUGCAAUAGAAGAAUAUCAACAGGAAAUUCAACAGAAUAAAGAAAUAAAUAUUACAGGCUCUAUUGAGACAAAUUUUACAUUUUCAGAGUGCAUGGCUAAAGUCUUUCUCUGUCUUUAUAUAUCAACAAAUGAAAAUUCAAGUUUCGUAAAGUUUUAUGAAGAUAAUAGGUAUGUCUGCUUCGAUUUGAAACCAUUUAAAACAUGUUCUCCAG